UUAUUUUAUGCCAUGGUGUGGGCAUGCUCAUCCAUGGCGUAUGCCCGUCCGGUCACAGCAGAUAUGAUCAAAGGCUUGGCCAAAAUCACAAUAGCCAGAAUCAAGAAGAUUAAAGCUGAGCAUUUUAGUAUGUCUCCCGAGAUAAGCUUUGGCACUUAUGAAGACACUCCCAUUGAAGGUUUAACCUCGAUUGUCGGUCACCUGGGCUCCUUGCAGGUGAGGUUGGGUGUCCCACCUGCACAUCAUCUGAGGCAAGUGGAGGGGGAUGUGGACAAUCUGCUUAGUUACCUUCGUAGGAUGGCCGGCAAUCAGGGCUGCACACUACCUAAAGCGGACGGCAGUCUGCUUAAGUCCGAGACGCACUUCCCCAUCACAUCAUACUACCACAGCCUGCUGGAUCUCCAGAGAUAUCUGGAGAAACUCUGUCUAAACUUGGACAAGCUGAAGCCAUGUUAAAGGAGCAGGCAUUUUUCCUCUCUUUGUGCUGAUCUCUUCCACACAAACGCACACACACACACACACACACACACACACACACACACACACACACACACACACACACACACAAAUACACACACACACACACACACACACACUUAAAUAUGUUUGCCUUUUAAAGAAAACUAAAUUAUCAGUAAAUUAUGCAAGGGCUCUUAUUGCUGUAUUGAAUUUCACUUUGUUAUUUAUCAGCAUAUUUUAUAUAAAUGCACUGAUGUCACAUUUAAAGAAAAGUAUAUGCUAUUUUGCCAUGAGCUGAGGUGCUAUUACAGAAAUA